CGACUGAAUGGUUGCGAAUGAAAACAUGAGGAGUACCUAAAUUAAAUCAUGUCUGUCGCCUCUGUGUUAACUUCGUUAUGGCAACGUUACUGGGUCACCUCUCUGUCCUCCUUUAGAUCACCAAGCGGCUGUUGGAGGCGAGACGUUGUCUGCGUGAAAAAAAGAAAGGACACUUCUUAAUAAUUGAUUGUUUGGGCUAGAUAUUGUAAAUCCAUGCUCGCGUUUACAACACAUCUCGCCACUGUUAAUCCGCGUAUGCGCAGUAACCGCCUCUAUUGUCUCCCAGCGGCGGCGGCGGCAGCGGCACAGCGGCACACGCUGAAUCGAUCUCCAGGCAGACGGAGGGAGGACGAGCGGACCACUGGACGUAUACUCUGGACGGGCAUCAUGGCUGGUGUAUUUUGAGUCAGUCUUCUCUGAAUAAGAGAGAGCUUUUGCAUUCAAAGUACUGCGGAUGUGUUGUUGUGCCUGGUGAUUUUGGGCAGGCUGUCCUGUCAGUUGCUUAUAAGCGGAGAACGUGUUGCGUUUUUGCUCGCGCGAACGGCUUUAUUAUCACCCCCUUGUUCCCUAAGGUGAUUAUUGAGACUUUAAGUCCAUGAUUCGACCAGGAAAAUGGGCUGUUGCGUCUGCGAGACACAGCUGUUUUAGUCAGACUUGACAACCGCGGAUUUUAGCGCUUGUUUUGGUCGCUUGUUUGAAGGAGGCUCGAGAAGCACCGCAGGGAGAUCCGUGACACCCUUUCCGCGACACCCCCACCCAUAUUUAGCGGAUACUUUUGGAUGGGGGGCAAACAGAGUACGGCGGGGCGGCCCCGGGGAGCUUUUCCCGGUGUCUCGACGGAUGACAGCGCGGUGCCACCCUCGGCCCACUUCGGGCACUACCGGCCAGGUGGCACGAUGGGACUGCGCAGCCGCUCGGUGAGCUCCGUGGCGGGGAUGGGCAUAGAUCACAGCGCCACGGUGCCCUUCGGGUUUUACACCCCCAGAGGAACAGACUCGGACAGAGCCGGAGGGGUGUCUGGCUCGGAUCCCGCUCAUAGCGGGAAUGGAUACCAAGAAACGGGCGGCGGGCACCACACGGACGGUAUGCUUUACCUGGGGUCCCGGGCGUCGUUGGCAGACACGUUGCCCCUGCACAUCGCGCCCCGAUGGUUUAGCGCCCAUAGCGGAUUCAAGUGUCCUGUCUGCUCCAAAUCAGUGGCAUCCAAUGAGAUGGAGGUUCACUUCAUCAUGUGUCUGAGCAAGCCCCGCCUCUCCUACAACGAUGACGUGUUGUCAAGAGAUGCAGGAGAAUGUGUAAUAUGUCUCGAGGAGCUACAGCAGGGAGACACCAUCGCUAGACUGCCGUGCCUCUGUAUCUAUCACAAAAGCUGUAUAGACUCCUGGUUUGAGAUCAACCGCUCCUGCCCUGAACAUCCUUCAGACUGACCUUCAUCAUCUACUUCUGAUACCACUGAGAAAGGGCACUUUAUGGACCUAAACCUGGAUAUCCUGACACAAAAAUAACCAAAUAAAUCAAUCUACCAACCAAUUCGAUCAAAACCUAUGGAAACGGAAAUGUGUCAUCGCAAAACUGAACCAAAUAAAAGCGUUCAUCCAGCCAACACCGUCAUUACCACUUGCAGAAUCCCAGAAUCUCCUGCCUGCUGUGCUAGAGACUGCUAAACUGCUAACCGGCCCCUUCACGGCAAAACCACCAACACCGGAUCUCUGGCUUUGGAAAACGUCUCGCUUUCUUGCCCCCUCUACAUACUCUGUGUUCUUAUCGACGUGUGUGUUCAGUCUGCAUUCUGACCAGGUCCUCUCUCCUUGUGUAUGUAAUCAGAUGGAAGGAGAUGGGGAAGAGGGGGCGGGGCAACACAAGGGGCAGGGUGACAAAAUGGGCAGGGCAUAUGCAGUAAACAAGUAGGAAGUAGACCACGCUUUGCAAAUCGAUUCAGAGGCCACACCUGUCCUGUCAAUCAAACGAUGCUUAUUAGAGGGGUGUGGCAGGGGCGGGGUUUCACACCUGGUUCGUGGGAGGAGUCUUGUGUGUGCGGUUCACUCGUUAGUGAUGUGUUGGACAGCCGGUGGACGUAUAUUUAGUUAUUCUGUGUGUGCAUGUGUGUGAUCAUGUGUCCACAGGCGGGGAAAUGUGUAAAUUGUGUUUCCUGUUAGUGCCAGAGGAAGUCCAAGACAUCAGCAUGUGCGUUGGGAUGGGGGUUUACGGUCAUAAAUGGAGAGAAAGAUACACUCUCCGUCUGUCUUCAAAUGUUUACAAUUCACAGUAGAUGUCUUUCCCCUACGGAUUCUGAAACGAUAAGAAGCUCAAAGCUAUUUUCCUAGUUUCAUCUGCAAUUUUUUGGGCAGUUAUUAUGAAGCGCCGACCAUAAUAUUCAGAGUUUCCCUGUAAAAGCCUUUAGUACGUAUUCAGUGUGUGUGUGUGUGUGUGUGUGUGUGUGUGUAUGUGUGUGUGAUUUCAGCUUCUGUCCAUUCUCCCAUUUUUUCUCUAUGUGACUGGCCAGCUUGCGUCUGGUAAGCUAAUGUUGCUUCACUACUGUAUGUAAAGCCCAGAUAUACUGGUGUGAAUCUAUUACAAGAUCAUUUCUAUGAUCUGCAUUAACUUUUUAUUUUUGAAAAAUCUGAGAAACCUCACAAGAAAUCUAUUUAACCUUCAGGAUGCCUCUGUCUACUGUAUAAACAGCAAGCACUGUUAGAAAAUAAUGUUGCUGUAAUUGUAAAAAAUAAAAAAGUCAAAACAAAUAAAAAAGGAGAAAGGAGUAAAAUGAAAAAGGUA